UUUGUUGUUUGCGAGAGAACCGCGAAGUUUGUUCGUGUAGCAUUUCAGUUGCAAAAGAAUUGUGACUUCGGAGAACAGUUUCUUAUAGUUGGAGAUGAUCCUACGCUUGGUUCAUGGGACCCUUUAGAAGCAUUGCCGAUGACAUGGUCUGAAGGACAUAUAUGGACUGCUGAGAAGGAUAUGCUUGUUGGGAAGUCAAUCCAGUUCAAGUUCAUAUUGAAAGGAAAAGAAGGUGAUAUUAUUUGGCAGCCAGGAUCAGAUAGAGUCAUCCACACUUGGGAAACCGUGAAUACAAUAACUGUUUGUGAAGAUUGGGAGAAUGAAGAACUUCAGAAAAUAACAAAGGAAGAACGGCUUGCUGAACCGAAUAAGGAACCCCAGAUUGACUCUGAAGUGUCUGCUUCUGCUGAAAUUUUGGAUAAUCCUCACAACGAACUGGAUUCCAAUGCAUCUGUAAUAAAGGCUGUUAAGAUACCACUUACUGCACCAGUCACUGAUAAUAGUAGUUCUUUCUCCACGGAAAUUCGUUAUGUUAUUGUUGCAGAAAAUACAACUUUCUAUGAGGAUCUCAUCAAGAAUACUAACAGUAAAUUGAAUGAAAAGAUUGAACGGAGUGAAGAAUCAGCUGAUAGUGCAGGAAAUGAUGAUAUAAUUCAUGAUCUUGGAAACAAUGGAAGUACUGCAUCAAUCAAUGAGGAAGGGACAGUUGUGGAAAGCAGCUUAUUAUUUGAUUUUGAAGGCGGUCCUGUUCUUAUACCUGGCUUAACAGUACCACCAACUGAGCCAGCAAGUGAGGCAAGCCAAGGUGAAAAAGUUCAAGAAAAGACUUCCAAGGACAUUUCAGUUGAAGGUUCUGAAACUGAUCUGGAGCAGAAUCCACCUGAGGUAAACGCUUGAUGAGUAUGAUUUUCGUUGUUUUGAAGAACAAGUAGUUUGGAGCUUGAGUUUUGGAGUCCUUGUGGACAAUGUGAUUAAGUAAUAACAGAAUUGUUCUGUUUUGUUCUGUUCUGUUUGUAUCAUCAUCUACCUUUGAUCAAUAAAGGGAAUCCCAACAUUGUGUCCUUCACAUUGUUUCUCAUA